AGUCAUUGUUUGCUACUAUCAUAGAUAUUUGUUUUGUUAACAGUUAACCAACAAUGGGGGAAGAAAAUCUACGCAAGGGACCUUGGUACGAAGAGGAAGAUGAGCGACUCAAAACUUUGGUCGCGGUUUUGGGUGCACGGCGAUGGGAUACAGUAGCUAAGAUAUCAGGGUUAAGUAGGAGUGGGAAAAGCUGUAGGUUAAGAUGGUUGAACUAUCUUCGGCCUUGUCUAAAGCAUGGCUCUAUAACUUCACAAGAGGAGUUGCUAAUACUUCAGCUACAUCAGAGAUGGGGUAACAAAUGGGCUAAGAUUGCUCGAAGAUUGCCAGGAAGAACUGACAACGAGGUGAAGAAUUACUGGAGAACUCAUCUGAGGAAGAAAAUGCAAAUGCAAUUUUCAUUAUUGAACCACUCAAUCUCAUCCCCUACACGUAACGUUUCAUCGUCUAUAGAAACAUCUUCUUCAAGUGAGGAAAGAAACAACUAUUCCAAUCGGUUAGAUAUGUUGAUCCAAGAAGGCAAUAUGAUCACUCCACAAAUAAGUAGUAACAAUACUAACACGAAAUCUACCGAUGAAAACAUUGAAGCCAUAACUAGUAAUUAUUAUGUUGAUUGUAAUGACAAAGUGAAGGGACUAUCAGAUUGUAUGAACACGAACUUGUGUUAUACAAACCGAUUAUCCGAUUGCAUGAUCACAAGCUCGCCUUAUGAAAACCGGGUAUCGGAUUGGUUGAACACGGUAUCAAGGGAUGUGGAUCAAACUGAUAAAUACAAUCCAGGGUGUUGGGAGAUAAGCGAUGGUUUACCAGAUUUAUGUUUAAGUUAUCCAACGACGUGGUGUAUUGAAGAUGCUAGUGCAUGGGAUUUCCUAGAUACCACGUGGGAUAUGGAUUUGUUUAAUUAAUGUAAAUCAUCUGUACUUUUUUUAUAUAUUAAAAAGCUUGCUAAAAAAAUUUUAUGUGUCACAUGAUACUCUAUUCUCAUGAAAUUAUUCAAUGUACAUGCCGGCUUGCGGCUUUUCAAUUAAAAAGUUAAGUGUUUACAAUAAUGGUCUGUUUGGAAACCAUCAUUUCAUUUCAAAUGAUGGAAUUGUCUCAAAUUGCUUGUUUGGGAAUUAUAAGUAGGAAAAAUUGUUCGGAAUAAUCCGACUUUUGGGCCGUCCGCUAAAAAUAAUCCCACCUUUGGAUUAUUUUUAAAUAAUCCGACCUUUAUACUCAAUCCGCUCUCAAUGGUCCCAAGUAAAUUGAAACUGGUUAAACAGGUUACUACUUGUGAGUUGGGAUUGUUUAUACACGUGUCACCACGUGACUGGUCAAAAAUUUAAAAAAUAAUAAUAAAAAAAAUAAUUGAAAAAUUAAAAAAAAAAAGGCUACCCUCUCCGGCAGACCUACCACCGGAACCACCUCCUUACCCAGCCACCCACCUCCCCACCUCCCCACCCAGCCUACCCACCGAAAUCGUCCUGGCCCCCUUCCCUAGCCCACCACCUGAACCCCAUCCUUUCCCAUUCCUAGCACCGAAUAAUAGUACCCAUCACGACCAUCAGGAGAAUCGAAACAUUGCCGAAAUACCAUCUCCCUUGAGAUUUCGGGGUUGGAAAAGAGGAGGUGGUGGGAUUUCGGGACUUAGGAAGGGAAGUAUGUUGGCUUCGGGCGAUUGGGCUAGGUAGGAGAGGUGGUUUCGUCGUUUCGUUGGUGGGCUAGGGAAGGGGGGUGGUCGAAAUCGGGGAGGAUAGAAUUGAUGGGGUGACCAAAAACGUGGAUGGGAAUGGAGGGGAUGGCCAAAAUCGGGAAGAGGAAGGGAGUUGAUGGCCGGAAUCGGGGAGGUAGAUUGUGGAUGGGUAGGAGGGACGCCGGUGGCAGGGGCGGCUGCCGGAAUCUGGGCUGGGGUUUUAUUUUUAUUUUUCUGUUUUUUAUUUAAUUUUAUUUAUUUUCCUAUUUUUAUUUCUAUAUUUUUUUUUACCAAUUAUUGGCUGACACUUGUCAAGUAACUUGUAAUAACAAGUUGGAUGACCGGUUAGGACCAUUUAAAGCGGAAGAGGUAUAAAAGUCGGAUUAUUUCAAAAUAAUCCAAAGGUGAGAUUAUUUUUAGCAAACGGCCCAAAGAUCGGAUUAUUCUGGGCAAUUUUUCCUUAUAAGUAUUUGCAUUGGAUAUCACCCAAAUCCAGUCUUUGAAUAUUUCAUUUAAAUUUUCAGAAUUUUAAAUCCAGCUUUAAUACAUGUCAUUUCAAAUCCACUGUUGCCUUCACCACCGUUGCCACUGUCGACAAGCCCGCUUGCAACUUCUUGACACUGUAAAUCCUUCACUAUUGCCUUCACCUUCUAAAAAUGGGUUUCAAUACUAA